GACCCACUUUAUCAAAAUUACAAUGCUUGUACCUCUAUCUUCAUACAUAUAUAACAGAGUAUAAAAAUGAAUUAACCGUGACCAUUAAAUGCACACAGAUUUCGUUUUCCUUCAUUAUAUGAACGAUAAGCCUAACUGAGUAACUGGCCCCUGUGACAAAAAUCCUAAUAAUUUCUCAAAUUUCAUUGGUCAGGACACUAACAUGGCUGCUUCCAUAACUCGCGUGAGUUUCUUGCACAUUAGAAAAUGUUAUUUUAUAAAUGCUCGCUUAUUUUGCUCGAAUUCGGGUGGUAAAAGUGGACCUAGCGAUGUGAAUCAAACGUCAGACUCACUUCCUAACGAUCAAAAUGAAACCCAAACGGUCAAUGAUGUGGGACAAGAAGACAAAACUGCUUCACCGGUUUCCGAAAUUUCAGUGAAUAAGCUAAGACAAACGCUCGAGAAUUUUGACAAGGGACAGGCAAGGGAAAAGAGCAAAGGGGUAAAUGAAAGUCAAGACAUUUUGUUAUCAUCCAAAUUACAUGUUAGGAAAGACCGUAAAGAAAGAGAUAUAGUGAACGAGACAGAGGUCGAUCUACAGCAAAACGAAAGUGAAUCCCAAGAAGAGACACAAUUUCCAAAACCAAAAAGAGCUGGUUGGGAAUCGGCAUUAGACAACUUUUCAAGAUUAAUCGAGAAAGCGAAAGAGAGGGAUGAUUCUGAUAAAGCAGAUGAUAGUUAUAUCACCGAUACAGACAGUUUUGCUGCAAUGCUACGAAAAUCAAAGUUGAUGCAAAUUGGUGAUCCAAAUGGUAAAGUUGUUAUUGGCAAAAUAACAAAAGUGGUUGGUGAUGAUUUAUAUGUAGACUUUGGUGGUAAAUUUCACUGUGUUUGUAGUAGACCAAAGAUGGAACCAGAGCUUUAUCAUCCAGGUGCCAAAGUGAGACUUCUGUUGAAAGAUUUAGAAAUGACAUCCAAGUUUUUAGGAUCAGAAAAACAUGUGACUAUAUUAGAGGCUGAUGCCAUCUUGGUUGGUUUAUAUAAAUUUGAAAAAACAUCACAGUAUGAGACAAUGAUUACAAACAGAGACUAUAGGAUGUGAAUUUAUAAUUAAGGCCAUACCAAAAAAAUAUUCUGGUUUUCAGGCAAUCCUUAACCAAAAAUCUGAUGUGGGAUGGCAGAUUUUAUUUUUGUGUCAAAGGAUCACAGUACUGGCAUACUGGGAUAAAUGACUUCUCAUAAACAUCACAUUUCAAGGUACUGCAUUUAUCCCAUCAUGUUUGUUGCAAUGUAUGAUUAUCCAGUAUCAUUCAUGAUUGUUGGGAACAUUACAUGUAUCAGAGUUGUGUACUUGAUAAAUGAGUCUACUCCAUAUUUCUGGAUCCAUUCAAUUUUUUUUAUAGAGCUACUUCCUGUGACCAGAUUAAUACAUUAAUUGAUAUGAAUUUUAUUUAUUUUUGGAAAUACAAACAGGUUGUGAGGCUCUUUUUGGGUGACACAGGUGUAUCUGAGAACCAGAAUGUUUUUUUUCUAUUUGGCCUAGUAGUGUGAGAGAUUUUUUAUAAUGAGUUGAUUAGUUAUGAUAAUGAGAGUGCUUUUUUAAAAAAAAAAUAAAAUAAAUGUACAUGUUGUUAUAAAUGCAAUCAGAUAAUGAAAUGACAAUCUGAUUAAAACACAGAUCCUAAUUC